GCACUGCAAGGGGGCAAAAGGGAUAUUUUGAUGUUGAGCCGCGCAGGGCGCCUGGGGUCGCGUCCUUUGGGGUUUCGUGGUUCAAGCCAAGCGGGGAAAUCGUUUCGUGCCAUGGAUCUGACGCACCUUCGGAAAGACUACAGGGGGGACGAAGAGGCCUUUGAGGAGAAACAUCUGACCUCCCUUAACCCUAUUAAGCAGUUCUCUGUAUGGUUUGAAGAAGCUAUGAAGUGCCCAUCUAUCGGGGAAGUCAAUGCCAUGUGCUUGGCCACCUGUACUAGAGAUGGACGACCUUCUGCUCGGAUGCUGCUUUUGAAGGGGUUUAGCCAGGAAGGCUUUCGCUUCUUCACUAACCAUGAGAGCCGGAAAGGAAGAGAGCUGGAUUCAAAUCCAUUUGCUUCCAUGGUCUUCUACUGGGAGCCCCUCAAUCGCCAGGUACGGAUUGAGGGCCCUGUAGAGAAGCUUUCUGAGCAGGAAUCGGAGAAGUACUUCUAUACGCGUCCAAAGAGCAGCCAGAUCGGGGCUCUAGUGAGUCAUCAAAGCACAGUGAUUGCGGACAGAGAGUAUUUAAGGAAGAAAAACGCAGAGCUGGAAGAGGUGUACCGAGAGGCUAAGGUGCCUAAGCCAGCAUAUUGGGGAGGCUACAUCUUGAAGCCAAAAGUCAUAGAGUUCUGGCAGGGCCAGACAAACCGUUUGCAUGACCGCAUUGUUUUCCGGUACCUCCAAGACAGCAGUGCACCCUUGAAACCUAUGACCCACAGAGGAGAGGCCAACUGGAUCUACGAGAGGUUGUCUCCUUGAGAAGCUUGUAGAGUUCACCCUCUUUUUUUUAAAGUGCCAAAUUCUUUGUUCCCCCACUUGCCUCUCAGACAGAGCACCCAAAGAACCACUGGACGAAGUCAUAGACUGGAGAGACCAGGAAUUGAAAUCCUUGCUGUUCAAUCAGCUGCUAACUCUCAGCCUAGCCUACCUUACAAGGUGCUGGUAAGGAUAAAGUGGUGGUAAUCUCUGUGUAAACCAUUGGAAGAAAGGCAGGUUGAAGCAGCCUUAACAUUCUUGGCGGAGAAGGGCAGUACAAACCUGUAGCAAGGGGUUUCCUCCUACACACAAAGCACAAUCCCGACCAUUCUUUUUUAAUUUUGAAAUUGUUCUUUUUUAUUUUUGGGCCUGCUAACAGCACUGGCUCCUACAAUCCCUGAUAUCAGUGUCCUUGAAUAUUUUGUGUGUUUGUCCAUUCCACCAGCAUUCUCGUUCUUGCAUAUGCACUAAGCAUUCUAGGGCUGGUCAUUCUUGAGAGUAUAUCACAUUAAGGAAGCACAAAUCUCUCUGUCUCUCAAAAUGCAUGUUUUACUUGAACUGUACAAGCAUUCAUUCUGGUCUAGAGAAGGACCUGAGCCAGCAACUCACUGUUUCAGGAUGUUGCUUGUUUGACUAGCAAUCUCACGAGAUCUGGACAACAGAUGCAUAGGAAACAGGGAAAUAAGUUGGCAUACAUAUAUCCUCUGCACUUUAUUUAGCCUCAGUAAUUUUCCUUGUAAUUGGGUUGCAGCCUGGGCGAGGCCCUCAUGGGUCUCUGAGCCCUGUUAAAAGGUACCUGCC